AUGGCUUCGCCGACCAAGCCGAGCCUCAAAUCGCUUCUAGCAAAGGGCGAGUUGCUGAUUGCUCCGGGCAUUUUCGAUGGCAUUUCUGCCAGAGUGGCCGAGCAGGUGGGAUUCAAGGCCCUGUACAUGACAGGCUUCGGCACUGUGGGAAGCCACUUGGGUUUGCCGGAUGCCGGCCUUGCUUCCUACCGCGACAUGGUGGAGAGGGUGCGGACCCUCACGGCCCUCACGUCAGUGCCCGUCAUUUGCGACGGCGACACGGGCUUUGGUGGCCUACUGAAUGUGGCGCACACAGUGAAGGGUUAUGAAGAGGCAGGUGCGAGCGCCAUCCAGCUGGAGGACCAGGAGUUCCCCAAGAAGUGCGGUCACACCCCGGGGCGCAAGGUGAUUCCUUUCGAGCAGGCCGUGGCCAAGAUUCGUGUUGCUGCAGAGGCGCGAACAUCCCCGGACUUCCUGAUUGUGGCGCGGACCGAUGCCCGCACCAACCUAGGACUGGAGGAGGCGAUCCGCCGUGCCAAGGCCUUUGCAGAGGCUGGGGCAGACAUCCUCUUCGUUGAAGCGCCCGAGUCCGAGGCAGAAAUGAAGCAGAUCUGUGAUGAACUGGCGCCGACUGGCAAGGCAAUGCUGGUCAACGCAGUGGAAGGCGGGAAGACGCCCGUGCUGCCGCGAGAGCGGUACAUCGAGCUUGGCUAUCAAGUGGCAAUCUAUCCUGCAACCGGCUUCCUUGCCAUGGGGAAAGCUUUGGAGAAAGUCUACAGGUCUUUAAAGAGCGAGGGAUCCUCUCACUCUUGCCAAAGUGACCUCGCGAACUUCAAGGGCUUCUGCGUGACGAUGGGGUUCCAACAUGUUUGGGACUUCGACAAAGAACAUGCUGAUCUAGAGGAGGUUCCUCCUGAGAAGAAGCACAGGACUGCAUGA